CAGCUUAGUCCAGCUGUAGCCAAUCAGAUAGCUUCCUUAUGCAUCUCAUUAGUGGGUUAAGAUAGGAGAUAAUCUGAUCACCUGAUGUUAGUCUUGCUUUAAAUGUUAAAGUGUGAGGAUGUGUAGCAUCAUUUUUAAAGCUAAAUCGGGAAUAUAAUGGAAAAUUUGAUUCUAUUAUUGGAUGUUUAUUGUGUUUGUGGAUGCUGAUAAAUCUGAGGAAGUCUGGAGAUUAACCAAGUGUGGAUUAGCGUUAGUUGGAGUAUAUUUAUCGUUUCGUGACGGAAAAUACCAUGACACGUGGAUAUAGGACCAUUUGGCAUGGUGUGAUGUGGGCGAACAAGGAGAACUGUGAGUGAAUUAGCAGUUAGAGACGCCUAAAGAACAUGUUCCAGAUUUUUUGAUGAGAUGGCACGGUCAAGAUCCCGAUCUAGAAGACGAAGAGAGCAGUCCAGAGACAGAAAAGCUCAUCACAAGCAUGCUGAAGAGAAGAAGAGUGAACAUGUAUCUAGAAAAGAUGAGCCUACAAGGAGGCGCGUUGUGAUAGAGAAGCCUCCCAGCCGGGACCGUAGUCCCAAAAGACAGGAGAGAGAGAAGCCUCCCAACCGGGACCGUAGUCCCAAAAGACAGGAGAGAAAGUUGGGUGUACAUCCAUUUGGGAAGAUGAUAGCGGCCACGAAAAACUAUGUUAAAAGUGAAAUCAAAGCAGUGGCAAGUUCAAAGGGGGAUUCUAAGAAGAAAAGGCUGGACACCCACAAGUCCCCAGAUUCCCAUGUCAAAAGAUCUGAUCAGACACUCUCCAGUAGUCAUCAUAAGACUGGAACCAGUGGAUCAACAGGAUUCUCCACCAAAUCUACCUCAGGAACUGAUCAUCGGGAUGGAUUAGACUCCUCUCACAACUUCCAGGAAAGAAUGACUAGCGCUGUAAAUCUUAUUAGCAGCAUCUCCUGCCCGACAGCAGAAUCCGCCAAAGUUGGUCCAGAGACAGACACUUCCCAUGUGUGUUCGUUAUGUGCCCAAGUGUUCACAAGGAAGUUUAACCUCCAGCGACACAUGCGACACCUUCAUGGGAUAGAUACUACUAGUCUAGGAGAAGAGCCAAAGGUGCCAUUCUUUCCUCUUACCCCGAAUUUAGAGGAGGAAGUUGAUGAUUCACCAGUUGAACAAGACCAUGAAACACCUACCUCGGAGGCAGAUGGAGAGUCAGGGGAUGGUAAAGCCAGUACACGGGAACAUAAAGAUGGAUUGGCAGAGGAUCAUUAUUCUAGUGACACUGAUCAAGAUGGUAGACAGGAACGGGAGGUCGAGGGUGAGAGUCCUCCUAUUACUCUUGACAUUCCAGAGGAAAACAAGUCGGAACCUAAAGGGAAGGAAACCAGCACCAAGUCACAAGCAAGCGUACCGUCUGCUACGGCUAGGUCACCAGAAGUGAGGACAAUCGGAACCCAGACUCAUGGACCUUCCUUCGCACCUAACGUAUACGUACAUGUAGAUCAAGUAUAUUUCUAAGUUGGUCUCUCACAGAUUUUAAGAUGUUAUGUUAACUUUUAACUUGUUACUUAAUAUAGCUCGUUCAUAUCAUGUAGAGAGAGAGAUAGAGACUUUAAAGUGAAAUUUCUCUACUUUUUAUUGACUUUAAGUUGUAUGUUCAUUAUUCGUAAACUUGUUAUCUUAUAAAAGUGAUUCAUAUGUCAAAGAGAGACAGAAAGACAUGCACAGAAAUGAUUGUUUAUGGCAUUGAUCAGAGACUUUUGAGAUAGUUAGACUUUUUAGAAGCAUCUCUAGAAUGUGAUGGUGUUUACUGAAGUUUAUUUUAGUUGAAGUGCAUUGAUGGUGACUUGGUAAUUGAGUUUGAGACUAUGUUAUAAAAAUUAUCAUGUAGCAUGUUAUAUGAUUGAUUAAAAGUUACUCAUAAGUUGUUUUUUUACUCCAA